AAUGAAACAACCUUCUGCAGAUAUUCUUGAGAUGGAACAUGCAAUUGGAUAUAGUGGAAGAGUAAAAUUGAAUAUAUAUAUAAGAUACCUCGAAGUGUGAUAUUGCAUCCAAAUGGAGUGGAAUUCAUUUGUAUAGCUGGAGCAUCUUUAAUAAUUACUGAUUUAAGAGAUGCUCAUAAAUAAUCAUUUUUAUAAGGACAUGACGAUUAAAUUACAUGUUUAGCAGUUUCAAAUCGAGGUGAAUUGGUUGCAUCAGGAUAGAAGGGAGACAAUUCUGAUGUUAUUAUUUGGGAUUAUCAUAGAAAAAUUCAAAAAUAUAGAUUAUCAGAACAUGAUUAUGAAGUAGUAUGCGUUGAUUUUAGUCAUGAUGAUAGAUUACUCUUCUCAUCAGGUAAUCCAAUGGAUAAAAGAAUAUUCAUUUGGGAUUGUUAAACAGGAUAUAUUGUAGGAUCAGUAAAUCAUACACCUGAACCAACAACUAUAGCAAGAUGGGGUGGAUUUGCUAAAGAUAUAAAAGGUAGAGAUACACCAAAAUAUCAAUUUGCAACAUCUGGAAAUAAAUAAAUAUGUUUAUGGAAAUUGGAUGCAAAAUUAGGAGUAUUUGAGAAAGAAAUAAUUAAUACAGGUAAUUUAGUAAGAGAAUACAUUUGUAUGGAAUUUUCAAAAAAUAGAGAAGAAUAUCUUUUAUUAGGAACAACAUCAGGAGACUUUUGUGUUUUUUAGAUGAAAAAUAAGUAAUUAAAUUAAAUAUAUUAAUCAAAUAGAUUUUUUAGUCAUUAAAUUGUAGUUGCUGCAUUAGGAGUAAUGUCAAUAAGAUUUGUAGAUUUUACAAGAUUUAUAGUUGGAGCAGGUAAUGGUACUUUAGCAAUGUAUUAAAUUACAGAAGAUAAUAAAGUAUAUUAUUAUAUUAAAUUAGAUAAAUUAAUUACACAAAACUGAUUUAGGGGGAGCAGUUAAUUCAAUUACAGUAAGAGUAGAUGGUUUAGAGAGUUUGAUAUCAACAGAUAGAGGUUUGAUUUUUAGAUUCAAUACAAACAGUUUUUAGAAAGGAUUGCAUAGUGAAAAUCAUACUGGAUCAAUAUUAGAUAUGAGUUAUCCUCCAGGAGUUUCUGAUAGAUUUGCUUCAGCAUCAGAAGAUGGAACUAUUAGACUUUGGGAUAUUAGUGAAUAUUUUGUAAUUGCUAAAUGUUAAGCUAAUGUGAAUGUUGUUCCAUUAAGUUUAGUUUAUAGAGAUGAAGUAUUAUUAAGUGGAUGGGCUGAUGGUAAGAUUAGAAUGUUUAGAUCUGAUAAUGGUUAAUAAAUUUGGUAGAUUGAUAAUGCUCAUAAAACAGGAGUGNGGAAUUCAUUUGUAUAGCUGGAGCAUCUUUAAUAAUUACUGAUUUAAGAGAUGCUCAUAAAUAAUCAUUUUUAUAAGGACAUGACGAUUAAAUUACAUGUUUAGCAGUUUCAAAUCGAGGUGAAUUGGUUGCAUCAGGAUAGAAGGGAGACAAUUCUGAUGUUAUUAUUUGGGAUUAUCAUAGAAAAAUUCAAAAAUAUAGAUUAUCAGAACAUGAUUAUGAAGUAGUAUGCGUUGAUUUUAGUCAUGAUGAUAGAUUACUCUUCUCAUCAGGUAAUCCAAUGGAUAAAAGAAUAUUCAUUUGGGAUUGUUAAACAGGAUAUAUUGUAGGAUCAGUAAAUCAUACACCUGAACCAACAACUAUAGCAAGAUGGGGUGGAUUUGCUAAAGAUAUAAAAGGUAGAGAUACACCAAAAUAUCAAUUUGCAACAUCUGGAAAUAAAUAAAUAUGUUUAUGGAAAUUGGAUGCAAAAUUAGGAGUAUUUGAGAAAGAAAUAAUUAAUACAGGUAAUUUAGUAAGAGAAUACAUUUGUAUGGAAUUUUCAAAAAAUAGAGAAGAAUAUCUUUUAUUAGGAACAACAUCAGGAGACUUUUGUGUUUUUUAGAUGAA